UCAAGUAAAUCAUGAAGCAUGCUAGCUAACCUGAAGCGGUUUAAACAUUCAGAAGUACAAAUGUUUCAAGUGAGCUUAAGCUGUGUUUGUUAGAGACAAAGUCGGCGAUGACCUAAGGAAGCGGUGGCUUUGUCGUAUUGGUAGAACACACCGUUAAAGACACAAGAUGAUAGAACCAGAGGUACUGACUGAGGUUCCUGCAGCACUGAAGCGGCUAGCCAAGCAGGUCGUACGGGGUUUCUAUGGAGUGGAACACGCCUUGGCCCUGGAUGUGCUCAUUCGCAACCCGUGUGUACGAGAGGAGGACAUGCUGGAGCUGCUCAAGUUUGAUCGUAAACAACUGCGAUCAGUACUCAACACCCUGAAGGCAGACAAGUUUGUGAAGUGUCGCAUGAGAGUGGAAACGGCCCCCGAUGGCAAGACAACAAGGCACAACUACUACUUCAUCAACUACAGGGUCUUGGUCAACGUGGUGAAGUAUAAAUUGGAUCAUAUGCGACGGCGCAUCGAGACGGAUGAGCGAGACUCCACCAACCGAGCCUCCUUCCGGUGCCCCUGCUGCUUCUCCACCUUCACGGAUCUCGAGGCCAAUCAGCUGUUUGAACCAAUGACAGGUACAUUUCGCUGCACCUUCUGCCAGACGGAGGUAGAGGAGGACGCGUCUAUCUGUACUGAUGGCAGGACGAUGGUGGCACGCUUCAAUGAGCAGAUCGAACCCAUCUAUGCGCUGCUGCGCGAGACCGAAGAUGUUAACUUGUCUCAGGAUCUGCUGGAGCCGGAGCCCGCUGAGAUCCCUGCCCUCAAACAGAGCCGUGAACGUGCUGCUGCAGCAGCCGGAGCGCACUUGGGCCCACACCGUGAAGCCUGGUCGAACAAAAGCUCGUCUUACGCUGACAUGUACACCCAGAAUGUGGUUAUCAGCAUGGAGGAGCAGGAAGACCAGCUGAAGAAGGCCAAGGAAGGCAAGGCACCGAAGGAGAGGCCCGUCUGGUUGACCCAGAGCACCGUGCAGGGUGCUUACAGCGAGCCCGACAUCAUCAAGAACAGUGGAGACGUUGCACCCGUAGCCCAGGACGGAGCAGCAGGUCACGGAAUAGGUCAGGCAGAUGAAAAUGAGGAAGUGAUGCGUGCCCUGCUCAUCCACGAGAAGAGAGGUGCGGCAGCAACAGGUGGAGGCGGAGCAAGCGCUGCUACCAAGGGGUCCUCCUCCUCCAAAGCCAAAGCCAAAGCCAACGCCAGCGACUCGGAGAGCGACACCAGCGAAUCGGAGGACGACUCUCCCGCAGUUCCCCCCGCCGCCGCAGCUGCUCAGCAUCAGGUCGAGGAGGAAGAGGACGACGACGAGUUUGAGGAGGUGGGGGAUGAGCCAAUGGUGAUGGUCGGAGGCAGGCAGUUCUCCUACCGAGAGGUCGGCCAGAGGCCGGAGCUAGUGGAGCAAAUGUCUGCGCAGGAGAAGGAGGCCUACAUUGAAAUGGGACAAAACCUCUUCCAGGACAUGUACUUCUGAACACACACUUGUGUAUAUACACACACGUACAUUCACACACUCAUUAUCAACAGUUUGAUGGAUUGGCUAUGAGUUCCCCAAAGUUUACUUCUGCUGUCUCUCACUGUCAGUGACGUCUGAGAGUUUGUGGACACAACUUCUCAAGAACAAAACAAGAUGCCGCUCAAGAAGUAUUUACAGUCGGCUUUAUGCUCUUGCGUUAUAAGAACCAAUGACAUGCUCUGACUGUGUUGCCCAGGUGAUCACGCCUUUAGUAUUCUGUCCUCCAGUAUUUUUUUUUUAUUCUCGGUCAUCAGCCCAGAAGGGAGCUGGCCAGCAGUUUGUGCACCGAGUGCCAAUUUGUUUUUGUUUUUGUUAAUCUGAAAUGAAAAUAAAACGGACUAACAGGCUGUCUACUCCAGUUAUGUUUUAAACGUGUUGCCCAGUCAUGCUUCUCUCAUGCAUCUGACUGGCCAGAUGUGCUUCAAAUGUAAUCAAUGCAGCUGUCAGUAUAACACUGAAGGAUUGAAGCUGCUGCUGUGCUGCUUUCACGGGUAGAAAAGGCGCUGGGUUUAGUAUUUUCUGUUUUUCAGAUCAGACCGGAUGUAUAAGCUACAAGAGGAUAGGGAUGAACUGUAGAGGUUUACAGUAAAACAUUUGUUACUCUGAACAAUGUGUAAUCAUAAAACUACUGCAGUACAGCAAUAUGCAUGGACAGGCAUACAUAGACACAAGCAGUUCAGAAUGUAAAAGUAAGGGGGCACUGUGACAUCUGUCUUCUCACAUAGUGAACAAGACAGACUCUAUUUAGUGUUUGGAAUUAUACUAGCACUCAACUAUACCCCAAAGCUGUUUACAGGAGGGCCUCAAUGUUCCUCACCAUGCUCAUGUGUCUGGAUAUGACUCCAUGCUGCAACAUGGACCGAUGUUAGAUCUGAUCUGUUAUCAGCCGUUUGCUACGAAGCAAGCAUGAGCGUUCCUAUCAAACCAUCUUAGCAGCAAAAGAUAUGAGAUGUAAACCAUGAUGAAACGAGGGGAGUGCAUCAUUUUGAAUUCAGUUUUUUUUUUUAUUCUUGAUUAUAUUAUCCUCAUGAUAAUACAUUUUACAUUUCUCCCUCUGACGCACACGUUAGACGCAUAGUUAAACUAAUGUGAUGCUCUCAUUGCAGUCAACUAAUGUGCUUAUGUUCCCUACUGUAAAAAAUAGUUUUCACUAUUUGUGUGUUACAAAUCCUUUCUUAUACAGCAGCAGUUAGGGAAAGUAAUGUUUCACUUAUCAUAAAAUAAGCUGUGCAGGAAUAUUACUGCCAUCACUGAUACUCAGAUGGUGGUGCUACAGGGUUUGAUUUACCAUUAAAAAAUGAGCUGCUCAACCUGAUAACAGAUUUCAUAUAGUAAAAAUAAAGAAAUUGUGAGUUUAAAAAAUUGCAUCUAAUGCGUAUCCAAAUCUAGUCAGACUCGUCAGCGUGUUAUUCUGUAAUCAAGGAUGGUGCAGCUAUUAUAGAGGCCGAUGGCAUAAUCGAGAUGAUAGACGUUCAUAUGUGGAAGCUUGAUUUCAGGAGAAAUUGAAGGAAAGAAUCCAGGGCAAGAUUGACAGGCUCUGGGGAAAAAUAACAUGCAA